UCCGUAACCACUGCGCAAGCACCCCCGAUACUUGGCGGCGAACGUUCGGUUCGGAAUCGAAAUCGCAAAGUGACAAUGUGCUUGCUAAUCACGCGGCUGCUGGUGCUGUUUACUACACUUCUUGUCAUGGGGGCCACGAAUCCUGUUAACCUGCCUCAGGAACCAGCGCCUCCUAUAACUGAUCGACCUGACGUCGGAAGACCCGGCGGCCCUCCUAACCCCCCAGUCAGACUACCGCCCUCUCGACCAAACGAUCCGUUGCGUGAUGCAUCGGAUGUCGUGCGGCCUGGUCGCACCGAAUUCAGAAGUGGCGGUUACGGAGUUAGCGCAGGAUAUGGUUCAGGGUUAGGUAGAUACGGCGGGUACGGAGGCUACGGCUAUAACGGAGGAUAUGGUGAUGGUGGUUACGGGAGCAACUACGAUGAUGUAGGUUACGCAGGAUAUGGUGGAGACUAUCUUGGGGGAUACGGAAGUGGAUACGGUGGUAGUGGUGGAGGUUAUGGAGGAGGGUACGGCGGGUAUGGAGGAGGGUACGGCGGGUAUGGAGGAGGGUACGGCGGGUAUGGAGGAGGGUACGGCGGGUAUGGAGGAGGGUACGGUCGGUAAAGUGCGUAGGAGGCAUAUAGUACCGGCCCCGAUGGAAAUUGGGAGUUUAUUGCAAUUUAGGAAAAAAUUGUUUCCAUGCCGUUCAGUGAACCAAGUAGGACUUGGUACGAUCCAGCGUAUUAAGCUAAGUUAAGACUAUAUAAAAAAUACGUAUUGAUGUGCUUUUCAUUCGUUCCUUCAAGGACAACCUUUGGCUCGGCUCGAGGUUGACGAGAUGUUACUUAUUUUACUUGAACCAAAUGUCCGUCAACGAUAUUCGUGGAAUCAAAUUACGUUCGGAAAUUUGCUGAUACUCCUGCGUGAAACGUGAUUUGUUUCUAGUUAUUGCAGCAUGAGCCGUCAUACGAGUACUAGAUUCCAAUAAUUUGAAACCUCUUUAUCGAAACUGCCGCUACUGGCGAAUUGUGGUGGAAACCAAACUCGAGGACGAAACUGCGAACCUUGAACAGUUCUCUUGCGGGGUACGAGGUAGUUCGUGAUUGGGCAGCGACUGUACCGCAAGUUUCUGAACUUACACUGAUUCCAUUGACCCUAUGUUCCUUCUUGCAGUGAUGAAUUCGAACUAAAUUUAACCAUUUCA